AUGAGUACUUUUGGCGCCCCCGGACAAUUACCAGCGACGAAACCGACUCCGCCACAGCGCGGAAGUUUCCCACUCGACCAUGAGGGGGAGUGCAAGUCGGUCAUGUCAGACUAUCUGGCAUGCAUGAAAAAGGCUCGAGGCGUCAAUGAGCACGAGUGUCGCAACCUGGCCAAGUCAUAUCUCUCAUGCAGAAUGGACCGGAAUUUAAUGGCUAGGGAUGAAUUCAAAAAUUUGGGGUUUGCAGAUGAUAAGUCAAAGACGUCAGCGACAGGCGGCGAACCCGAACAAGGCGUCAAGGGCGAGCUACGGUGGUAG